UAUGAAGUUCAUGCUUUCACAAUGGCGGAAAUGUAGUGUCCUACUUGAUAUGAAAUAAAUGGUACGAUUGCACAAGUUUAAAGAGCAAUAAAUAAUUUAUUGUUCACUAAAUAAGAAAAAUAAAUCUUCAGUAAAAUACUUAUUAAUUGGAAUAUCUAGGGAAUCCUCGUAUCGAUAGACGAGAUAACCAAUGGAAAAUGCCUCAAAUACAGAAACAUCGAAAAAUUAAACGAGCUACAGUGCUCAUUAAAAGAUCACAAUGUGUAAGAACUUUUCCUAACUACAAGUCCUACAAACCAUUAUGCGAAAAGUUAAAAAGUAAUAACAAUUCAUUGGCAAAGGCAUUGUCUAAAGAGAAACAAGAAUGUCAGAUUCUGUUUUCACAAAAUGUUGCUUUAAGGGCAGAGGUACAAGACUUAGGUAUGAAAUGUAAUAAACGUGAUGAUGCAAUAGUAAAUAUUUUACAGAAUUCUAACGAAAUGCUUAAAAUGUUGGUAACAGUCACUGGUUACUUGACAAAUACAAUUUCUUCAUGUCAAGAAAUUGCAUCUUCUGCCGGAAGAAGGGAUCCGUAUAGAAGAUUAUCUGCAAAAUCUCCAACUAAAGGAGUGGUGAAACCUAUGGUGAGCGGGCACACCAUAACAAAACCCACAAUUAAUUUAAGUAGAGUUAAUAUGCUGCAUAUUAAUAAUCCGUCGAACUUAAGUAUGAUUGAAGAGGUGCCAACACCCCCAAGACAUCAGUCAUUAAGCAAUGCACUGUCUCCCGUUGCUGUUCCUGUGACACAACGCAGAUAUGAAAAUAGCCGUGUGUGUAGAAUGCCAGAGAGAGUAGCUGUUAGUUCUCCAAGAAGCAGUGAAGAAAAUGAACGAAGGUUGAGUAAAAGAAGUAACAGACAUUCUGGAAGAAUAUCAGGAAGGCGUUCAAGGCCAAAGUCGGCUAGACUUUCUGGAAGCAACAGUACUCGAUCUAGUAUCGAGAAUUUCGAACACAUCGGAAGUCCCAGAGUGAAACUUAACGAUGUAUCAAAAUUACUGCAAAAUUCUCAAAGCAUUAACAUUCGAAUGUUAGGAGAAACUCGAAAUGAUGAAGGAGUUAGUAAUUUAGAAAAUAGCGAUAACGUAAACGAAGAUUCUCAAACAAGUAUAACAAUACCAGAAACACCGCCCUCUGGCGAUUCUCAAGAUGAUAAUGAUAAAACUAUCGAAAAUAAUAAUGAACAGAUUGAUAAUGAAUUGGAUGAUAUUAAUGAUCAAACAAAGAGAAAUUCUAACGAAGUACAAAAUCUUACAUCAAAUUGGGAAGAUCCUCUCGAAGGACCAAGUUGGUUGUUCAACAAUUUCCAAACUGUACCUUGUUACAUGGACGAGAAGACUGAUAAUGUAAAUGUUUCUAGCAAUGAUAGUAUGUGUAUAACUCUAAAAGCGACAGACACAAAUGAUACAUCAGAUAGUGAAAAUUGUGUGGAAUUGACAUCCUCAAUGCCGUUAUCAAACAGACGUAAAAGUCAAACACAAAUGUCUAAAACGGAUAAAGAAACAUAUAAUAAAAAUGAAAACACAGUUCAUCAGCAGAAUAGGAACAAUGAGAUUUUGGGUGAUACGUUUACAUCGACUGCUCUAACGGAUACAGUUGAGAAUGAACCUACAGUGAAUUUAGCAAAUUUUGUUACGCAAAGACGAGGUUGUUUCGAAAGCGAAGACGAAGAUGAUUUUACAUUGCUUCUUAUGCGGCGACCGCGUAACAUACCGUUUGACGUAAAUGAUUUAAAAUUACCUGUUUUAGAAGAGUCUGCACUAAAACCCAUAGCUUCAGUCGAUUCAGAACCUGAAAUAACUACUACUCUUCGAAAGAUAUCCCAAAUCGGUCCAAUUCCGUCUCUUGCAAAUAAUAGCCUAAACGAAUCCACGUUCAGUCAAUCCAUGGUAAAACUACCACUACUUAUAAAUAAUGAUUACGACAAUAAAGACCUAACACAAUCGAAAGAUGAACCUGAAUCUUUAUCACGGAAGAAAAAAGUAAAGAAGGUAACUGUAAGAAAUUCUAGUGAGUGUGUUGACACUUCGGCAACAUUAAACAGGAAGAAUAACCAAAAAAAGAAGAACAAGCCUCCGAGUAAAGACCCAAGUUCUGCUAAAGUAGUACUGCAGAAAUUAGAUGAAUCUGAUGUCAAGUUGAGGACACCCACCCCUGAAGAGAUAACUCAUGAUUCCAUGCAAUCCUUGAGCCCAGUUUCUUUGCGCAUGGACAAUUCUACCGAUUCUGACAGCAGUAGUGCAAGUACAAACAGCGCUCACACUUCAAAUCGUCCUAGACGGAGAAAAGCUCCUAUAAGUAUGCAGGAACCCAACUUAAGAAAGAAAUUGCGGAGGAACCGUUAAUACAUAUUUUUAAUUCCAUUUAUUCAACGAGGUGUACCUUUGAAUUCAGAGUGCAAGAGUGGGUAGAGAUACAAUGAGGAACUACAAAUAAUAAGACAGAUUACUCUGUGCUCGAUGUGUUUUGUCAUUCGUUUCUCGAGUGCCAAUGGAUUCGUCUUUAUCGGUUUAAUGUAAAUAAUUACUGGCAUCCAUGAUGAAUUCGUUGAGUAGUCUUUUCAAGGAGGAAUACAUUAAAAUUAUAUUAGACUUUGAAUCAUACUACUUCCAUUGCAACGCACACCUUUAUUAGAUGAGUACUGUUAAUUAUUUACAGACGAUCGUUAUGCUUUGACGUAGUCCUAGUUUCGAUAAUUUUGGCUUCCUGGUGGUUUCAUAUUGUAUGUUGUACUUUUUGUACUAUGUUGCAGGAAAUAAACAUGAAAUAUAAACGAA